UUCUUCAUUUCUUCAAUCUUGAUAUUCACCUCUUAAGGUCAAGGUGCCGAAUAACGUGUGUCUCUGUUUUUUUCUUCGCUGCACCUGAGACUUUUUACAUUAAUUUUCUUUUAAUAUUGGCAUCAUGUACAAAAUUAAUUUAGUUGUGUUUCUAUUAGUGUCCGUUAGUAUAAUAGUGAAGUGUGAGACCAUAAAUGAAGAAAACGGCAGAGAAUCCACAGAACAAGAAAGCAUCCAACGAGGAAGAGAUUUAGGGUCGUACAUGGGGUUGGUCUCAUGUGCUAUUACAUAUGACGUGUCUUGUUUCGUUAAUGCUGCCGAAGAAUAUUUAGAAAAUAAAAGAAUAGAUCUACUUGCUGAAGCCGAUGCACAAGCUUUACAAUCAGGUAGAUCAGACAGUGCUGCCGAAAAGCCUUCCAGUCUUGCCCACAUGAUUGCAGAAUUAACUAAAUUAUUCGAAAAUGGAAUUGUUCGAUUUUUUACUAAAGAGAUCAACACUGAGGACGACGAGGAGAAUGUAGACAAUACUAAAUCGGACAAUUCGACUGAUAUUUCUAAUGAAGGGAGAAAAAAGAAUGACCCCGUAGCCGAUGGAAAACAUAAAAAACAACUUCUAAAUGAAGGAAUAAUUUUCUUAAAGAUCACUGCCAUUAUUGCCGGGAUAGCUCUUGUGUUGACCAUACUAGCUGUUCUUCUGGGAGUGAAACUGAUAUUUCUGAAGAGUUUUGUAGGCAUUGGUUUAGCGAUUUUCUUGAUGGUUAAAAAGCUACACAGUAGUAAAGAACAUCAUGCAAGCUGGAGUUAGACUAAAUCUUCUUUUAAAUAAAAAAUCGGAGGGAUUUAUACAGGGUGUCCCUUAAAUAGUGGUAAAAAAUUUAACAGCAGAUUCCUUUUAAAAAAAGGAUUUGGUUAAGUUAACUUUUUCCUCAGAUGACUGACCCUAUAACUUUUUUGUGUUUGGCAUAAAUAAUUUUUUUAUUAAAAAUAUGUAUUGUGAAAACAGUUUUGCUUAAAAAAGGUACACUUCCAAAUCUCGUUUCGAUUCACCCUUUUCGAGAGGUUUACGUUUAAAGUUUUUAAUGCACUCGAAAAAAAUACAUUCAUAACCUAUUUAAAUUGCUUUAUUACUUCGAAUGAUUAAUAAAAUAGAUAAGAUAAAUUUAAAAUAAAAAUUAUGAAUAUUUACCAGUAAAUGAUCAGCAUGACCUCCAUUUGCCUCAAUACAUUUUAAAAUUCUUCUACUGAAAGAUCGCCAAAUCCUAAAAAAUAAUUGAUCAUUUCGAAAUUACUUAACAGCUUUAACAUUUUACCAUUCUUUUCAUAUAUCUAUAAUGGGUUAAAGUCUGGGCUUCGUGCAGGCAAAGGUCUUCGGCUUUGACGUCAUAUGCUGUAAGUAACAAUAACUAACAGAACUAAUAAUAAAAAGGUAAUAAAAGGUAAUAGAUAACAUUACUACCUGUGUGAGUUUGAAUAACCACUCAUCAAAAUAACUGACAAGAACAUAAAUCCUGAGAGUGAAACUCAAAUUUAUCAUAAUUCAUCUUGUCAGGCACAGCCUACUUAGCAAAUAUUUUAACCUGGAGUAGGAAAAUAAAAUGUUAUCUUGAGCGCAUUGAAAACAUUUAAUCUAAGUAUAUCGAAAAGGGUAAAUCGUAGCGAGAUUACUAUUAUUUAUGGGAGAUCCUGUAUCUUGCACUAUGAUAUUGCCUGAUAUGUCAAUGUUAGAUUAUUAACACAAAAAUUAUUAUUGAGUUGAUCAUAAAAUCUGCAUAACAACUUCUCAAAAGAAAAUUCGCUCAUCGUGUGUUUAAUGCAUUUACGUGUCCUUUCACAUUGUAAAAAUAGUUAUUUCUUUAUUUUAAUAUUGACAAAUUUGGCCCGAAAAAUAUCUUAAUAUUAAUUUAUUAUUUAUCUGAAGUAUGAGAAAAGUUAAUGUAUAAUUAUCACUAUUUUUUAAAACUGUGUUGUGCAUAGGG